CAUCCAGCAUGGUGCUUUAUGAAGGAGAGGUGUUACAUUUUGCUGAAGACCUGAAGAAAUGGAAAGAGAAAUACAUUGAAAGUAAUUACGCUGUGGAAAGCUUUGAAAGCAAAGAGGCAUUCCAGAAAGGAGUAAGUUCAAAGACUUGCAUUUUCCCUGUUGGAGGCAAAGUGCUAAUUACAGGGGAAGAAUAUAACUCACUACCUGAUAAACAUUUCCCAGAACCUAAUGGUUCCAGUGAAAAGGACAAUACCCAGGCUUUUGUUAGCCCUCCAAAGGAAUUUCCAGUCUACCUGUGGCAGCCCUUCCUUAGACAUAAUUAUUACUGUUUUCCAGAUUCAGAAGCUCAGAAGCAAUUCAGCAUCAUGGUGAACGAUUGCAUCAGGCACUUAAACCAUGGAACAGCCACAAUUGGCACAGCAGAUGGAGAUGCGCAAAAGCCCUUUUCACCAUAAACCACAACUGCCUCUUCUCCGAGCAAGAAGAAUUGUUGAAAAAAAUUACUAAGUUUGUUUAAUCAUGAUUUAUGAAGUCAUAAUGAUUACACUUAUGUACAUUGAGAGGUUGAUAAAUUGAUAUA